GAGGAGGUUGGAGCCAAAAGCACUCUGCUGCCCGACUUUCAUCGACAUUCUUCCGUCUGUCCGGCCCGCAGAGCUGAGCCAAACGUUCACGGUGCGUAAUUACGCACGGAGACGACAGAUCCGCGGUGUUGCUCGCCGUGGAAACCCGCGGACAAAGGAAGGCGGACAGGCUGGAGUACAACAACUGACUUGAGCGGAGAGGAGUACUGUUGGAGGGGGAACAGGGGAAUCUGGAGUCGGAAGUGAUUUGUCUUUUUUUUUUUCUUUUUUCUUUUUAGCAAUGUGACUUACGGACAGGAUUUCAGGGAAGAAAAGAAUCGUUGUGGAGACAGAAGGAAAAAAACAGAAAGAGAAAGUGAGUGGAAUCUGUUCCAAAAACAGCAUCCAGAUCUUCGGAGCAUGGGGGAGCAGCCCAUCUUCAGCGCCAGAGCUCAUGUCUUCCAGAUCGACCCGGCCACCAAACGCAACUGGCUGCCGGCCAGCAAACACGCCGUCACCGUGUCCUUCUUCUACGAUGCCAGCCGCAGCGUCUACCGCAUCAUCAGCGUGGGUGGGACUAAGGCCAUCAUCAACAGCACCAUCACCCCCAACAUGACUUUCACCAAAACCUCCCAGAAGUUUGGCCAGUGGGCAGACAGCCGGGCCAACACCGUCUACGGCCUGGGCUUCUCCACCGAGCAGCAGCUGCAGCAGUUUGCAGAACAGUUUAAGGAGGUGAAGGAAGCGGCCCGUCUGGCCAGAGAGAAAUCCCAGGAGAGGUUUGAACUGGCCAACCCUGCUCUCAACAUUGCAGCUCCGCAGCUCUCGCAGGAGCUGUCGGAGGAACGUCAUUCUCCGCCGCUGCUGACAGUCAACGGGCCCGGAGAGGAAAAGCUGUUUCGCAGUAAGAGUGCUGAAGUGGAGCUGACGGCGGAGAAGGAGAGGGUCAAGAAGAUGCUGUCUGAAGGGUCCAUGUGUGAGAUAAAUCUGGAGGCCGAACUCUUCACUCUGCAGGACAGCAACGCCAAGCUGGUGGCGGCGCUGCAGGAAGCCAACAGCAGCGUGGAGCAGUGGAAGAAGCAGCUGGCCGAGUACCAGGAGGAGACUGAUCGCCUCCGAGACCAGGUGGCAGAGUUGGAGGCCCAGCUGGGGCAUCCUGCAGCUGGUCAGCCUGGUAAAGAGGAGCUGAGUCGGUCACUGGAGGAGCUGGAAGCCCUGCUGAGCGCCAAAGACCAGGAAAUUCACAGUCUACAGAGCAAGAAAACAGAUGUGGGUGAGCUGGAGAAGGAGCGAGAGGAGGCCAUGCAGAGACUCCAGGACGUGGAGAGACGAAACACUGAGCUGGAGGAUCGGGUUCAGAGCGCCGAAAAAACGCUGGCGUCCAACCGCGAGGAGCAGGAGCAGGCGGAGGUGGAGGUCCGACGCAUUAUAGAGGUUCUAGACGUCAAAAUCUGCGACCUGAACAGCCUGAGAGAGAACCUGGCGAAACUGGUCGAUAAGUAGCCACAGCAGGAGUCGGGGUGCAUCUCCACAGUCGCUGCUUGUUUCCUCCAUGUGGCUUUGAUUGGUGUUUAACUGAUGCAACAGAAAAGAUCGACGCAAUAUGGAGGAAAACACGCCAAAGUUUACCUUCAUUUAUCUGUUUUUUUUUAAGAUGAGUGCAGGUAAACAGCAGCUAUUAGAAACCUCUUAAAGGUGCUAUGUGUCCAAUAAAUCAUGUACUGUUUGUAACUCAUUAACAUUACAACCUGGUUAUCAUGAGCUGUUGACAGUACGGUGUUGUCGGGGACUGCGACCUGCAUCUCAGUCACAAUUUUACACCAGAUUUUUACUCUUUUCACUUUUGACCAUCACCAGACUGUAUAUAAAGGACGGACGUAGCGAUCGUUUCAUGACCGGUUGGUUUGCGAACUUCUCUUUUGAAGCCUUGAUUUUGGAAUUUUGCCAUCACCAUCGAGGUCAUUUGACACCAGACGUAAAAGCAGGGAGUGGAUCUGACUGAACUUGAGGGCAGUACGCACUGGGAUGCAGUAGUGACCUGUUAAUCACAAGCUAGCCACACUGCAAGGACAUACUUUGCUUUGUUGUCCAUUUUACUCUAAAUGGAACCAUAUUUUACAAAAGGAACACCAUGCUGUAUUCAAAAAGUCUAGAAACUACCAAUUGAAGCCAUGAACUCUUUUGAAAAAUGUUCAGUAAGGCAACACAUUAGGUGAGAAUUAGGCUAAUUUCCUCAUAGCCUUUUUAACUACCAGAGGAAUCGCCCCCUGCUGGCUGUUAGAGGGAAUGCAGCGUUUAAGGCUUCACUUUUCAGACCCGUAGGCCACAUCCAUUUCUUUUAUACAGUCUGUAACCAUCCGUGACUACUCUGAAACCUUUAGAUCCAUUUGCUGUGGAAGAACAGCGUGCCUCUCCUCGUUUUGGUGCCACAGCAAUCAAGUGUACUUGGUCAAAACCUGAUCUGGUGGUUUACGAUGUAAAAUCCAGAGCCGGGGCUGUCUCAUUUGGCAGUCUGAUUUAUUUACAGUAAUAUGUCCCAAAAUGAAUGAAGUGGUUGUUUAUUCACAGCAAAUAAUACAAAGCACCUUUACAAGAGAAUCUUAAAUCGUGCUAUUUUGCGUCGGUGGAAAUUUCAAACAGGCAUCAAAGAAUUUGUUUGUUGGUUUAAGUUUUGUGUGAUCUAUAUUUAACUAAGUGUGGGAAAUCUACUAAAUGAAGAGGCAAGAGUAGCAGUUAAGCACGGAAAGUAUUACAAAGUAAUCUCCUGACAGUAUUUUCCAGCUUCAAGUCUCAACUACUCAACUUAAAAGCCUGAAGUCCCCACACAAUAACUCUUUUGUAGGACUAAAGAUUUUAGACGUAUCUUUUCUCAUGUUCUCAUAAAGUCAGUGCUGGUGAGAUGAUUUAAAAAAAAACAAGCCAUACAAGUACAAUGUCUGCUUUCACACAAUAACAGCCUCCCUUUAACACUGUGGAGAUGCACCCAGCAGGAGUGUGGUCAGGGUCAGGACACAAUGGAGGCAAAGACCCCAAGUAAAGUUCACCGUCAUCAGCCUGGACUGUCCUCACACCAGCCAGAACAGCAACAAACUCAGAGAUGCAACAACCUGCUCCCAUUCUGUCUUCUGAGGAUCGCCAGCGUACAACCGUUUUCGUUCAUGUUUUAUAAGGACCGCGCUUUCUCACCACUUCUUCUAUUAUUCAUGUUCAUCGAUGGGUUGCUCAAAGUCAGGAUGGGAAAUCUGCAAUGGUUACCAGCCAAAAAUGCUGCAAAAUCCAAGCUGCAGCUGCUGCACCGGUCUACUGGACAGGAAGACCAUCGCUGGAAGGACUGGUCCUGACGCGUCACUGUGUGCUGCUGUUAGAGACGCUGCUUUCCCGCCUCGAUGUUGUUGAGUUGAACCUGAGAUUGCACUUGAUGAUGUUUGUGCCAAAUUUGAUUAUGUUUACAUUUGUCAGUUUUCACAGAAAUGAUCCAGAUCUUCUUUGUGUACUUUUUCUGUGUUGCUCAACACUAUCUGUUACCAUAAUAGUAAUAAUAACCCCAGACAGAGAGAGAGAGGCUCAGCGGAGCCACAGAGCAUAGAUUACUAUGAGAGCACUGCAUGAGCUCUGCAGAAGCCCCGUACCUGCCAAGGAAUGUGAAGCAGUGUGUGUAUGUGUGUGGGUGUGUGUGUGUGCGCACAUUACUUAGCAGUGUGCAGUCUCAGGCUGCUCGAGUUAAAAAGCACAACUGCAGUAGUUUUAGCAAAUUGGUACUUAAUUGACUUGUCCGUCAGCGUUGUUUGUGAAGUUCUGAUGCACAAUAUCUAUUGAUCUUUGCUUCUCACCCCUUGAUGAGGUAUUGAUUUCUUCAUAUGACAGUAAUAUAGGUACUAAUAAGGUGCAGUUCUUUGAAGCUGAUGAUGCAGCGACUGCCAGAAUCAUCACAACUUGUCAAAAUGGGAAAUAUUAUUGUCAUAAGCUGCAGUAUAAUGUCGUAGUACCCCAUUAUUGCAUUAACUUGCAGUUAUUGCUACGUAAGGGUUUCUAACAUAUUUAACUUUUGGUAUUCAUGACAUAUAGUGGGGUUACCUAAUUUAGAGGUUUGAAUAGAUGAAAUCAGAAUUACAUUACGCUAUGUUGUUGCUGAUCUCAGUAACACUCUAUAAACGACUGGUAUUUCGUCGCUCUGACAAGCUGUGAUGCCGUCUGAGGUUCUGACUUCAGCUGCUACAUGCAAAUAUCACAAUUAGCAAUAAAAUUUCUAGCGUAGUUGGCUGUUAAUAGUGAAUAUAAGUAAUUUGUAGAUAACGAGACCUCUGUAAAGCCUGUUGUGUUUGCGUUUUCUCUCAUGGCUUCACCAUAUUAUGACAGAUUACUACCUUUUAUCGAGCAUGAAGAAAAUACGGAGGCCAUCAGCUCCUCAGCACGAGCUCCACACGGUUGAUGUCAGAAACACUUUGCUUCACAACAGCCUUAUUCCAGUGUUUACCGACUGCACAAUAACACUGUGUAAAUACAUUAAGAGUAGUUCCUGUAUACACAGAACGGGGGUGGGGAGGCUGCCCUCUGCUAUUAGCAGUCUGUAGGAUCGGCUGAGAGGGCUGAUUUUUCCGUUCACUUAAAAGUGUGUCACUACACAUGAAAGCGUUUAAGGUACAGAAUAUGAUGGACUGUGUUAGAACUUUAUGACAGAAUGUGAAUUCAAUCUGCAGUAUUAUUGUGUAGCUACAGCAUAUUAAAGGAGAAAUCCACCUCAUAUUUCACACUAUUCGUGGACCCUCUGGUGAUGUGCAUUGCUUUUCUGUCUCUUGAUUUAGUUGUUUGGUGUGUCAUUAUAGUUCUUUCUGGCUGCAACAACACAUUUUAACGCCGCACGUUUUGUGUUUGUUUGAAUAUGUUGUCACGAAACCCUAAUUCUCCUUAUUGAGAUGCAUCAACAUACAUUCUGGGAAAUGUAGGAGAUAGUCGAGGCUGGUUGACAGAAAUUACAGCACAAAAAUAAACAUAUUUUUGAAUAUCUGUGGGUGGAUUCCUCCUUAACUACACUGGAAUAAGGACUUGCUAAAACAUCUGUUGCCAGCUGGGAACAAGAAUGCACUACCAAAGAUUGUCAUGCUGACGUCACAUCAACUGGAAUGAACACACAACCCGUGUAUGAAUGACCCCGAUCUCUAUCUCCAUCAAAUCUUACGAUUUUAGGUUUUACUGCUCGUUGAUCAGCGUCCGAAACAUUUGACCUUUUCAGUACGACUCAAAAUACCUCAGAACACUUCAUUUAGAUCAGGUUAGUUUCACAGAAGUACUGCUUUAUGUCGACUGGUGUUUCACAAGAAUUAGUCAAUCUGAGGAGGGCAGGUGUUUUUAUGGGAUUUGACAAUGUGAGAUGAGUCCCUUAUAUUUGUAUAGAACUGUUUUAAACAUUAAAAGUCCAUCAUGCAGAGUCACUGCUGUGCUCUUUGCGUGAUGACAGGGUGAGAAA